UUGUUCUUGUCUCAUCCUAUUUUUCUCAUGCGAGAUGCACUAGUUGUGAUUUCAAUGUGUUUUUGUGUCAUAAUAAUCCUAAUGCAUUUGUUAGGUCUUUGAAGCUUGUCUUAUUUAUUAUUCAAACCUAAAGUUUGAUUUUUUUAAAUCAAGUUUUUAUUUAUGACCAUUUCAUUAUCUCCAAAUUCUUUAUACUGUUGUUACCGGUAUGUUCUUUGCUACAAGGUAUUUACUAUGCAAGAAGAAGGUUCAUCUUCUGUAACUUCGUCACCCCUGCAAUCCGCUUCAACGAUGUCACCUUCACCUAGUUUGGGAUCUCCACACCCCAUGCUCAAGGAACUGAGAUCUGAGGAAAGGGGUUUGUGCUUAAUCCAUUUGCUUCUCACUUGUGGAAAUCAUGUAGCUGCUGGGAACGUUGAAACUGCAAAUGUUUUACUUGGGCAAAGUUCCAUGCUAGCCUCUCCAGAGGGCGAUACUAUGCAACGGAUUGCGGCCUAUUUUACUGAAGCACUUGCUGAUCGGAUGCUUAAGGCAUGGCCCGGGCUCCAUAGAGCCCUCAACUCAACUAGAAUAGUCAUGGUUUCUGAAGAAGUUCUCACUCGAAAGCUUUUUUAUGAAAUUUUUCCUUUUAUGAAGAUAGCAUUUGUUCUGACAAAUCAAGCUAUCAUUGAGGCGAUGCAAGGCGAAAAAAUGAUUCAUAUAAUUGAUCUUAAUGCUGUUGAAUCUGCGCAGUGGGUUGCACUCCUCCAAGUUCUGGGUGCACGUCCUGAAGGUCCACCUCAUUUGAGAAUCACUGGUGUUCAUCAGAAGAAAGAGAUUCUAGACCAAAUAGCUUAUAGACUGGUUGAAGAAGCAGAGAAGUUGGAUAUUCCAUUCCAGUUUAACCCUGUAGUCAGCAAAUUAGAGAGCCUAGAUUUUGAAAAACUUCGUGUGAAAACUGGAGAGGCACUCGCUAUAAUUUCCAUGCUCCAAUUGCAUUCACUUUUGGCUUGCGACGACGAAGGGAGAAGAAAUCCUCAUUUAGCUGGAACCUCAAAUGCAAUUCCCCGGCAAAGAAGACAGCCUAUGUUCCAAAGCUCAUCGAGUGAGAAAGAUACGGCCAAUGAAUAUGCGCCUAGUCCUGACUCAUCCUCAUCGUCUCCAGCAUCGUUUACUACUUCAAAUUCAAAGCAUAUGGAGAGCUUUCUUAAUGCAUUAUGCGGAUUAUCACCAAAGGUUAUGGUUGUAACUGAACAGGACUCCAAUCACAAUGGUUUGACUCUUAUGGAGAGGCUACUAGAAGCUCUAUACUCUUAUGCUGCACUAUUUGAUUGCUUGGAGUGCCGUCUGCCAAGGACAUCUUUGGAGAGAUUAAGGGUUGAGAAGAUGCUUUUCGGUGAGGAAAUCAAGAACAUUGUCGCGUGCGAGGGAUUUGAACGAAGGGAAAGGCACGAGAGGCUGGAUAAGUGGAUCCAGAGAUUUUAUUUGGCUGGAUUUGGUAACAUGCCCUUAAGCUAUUUUGGUAUGCUGCAAGCAAAGAGGUUCUUGCAGAGCUAUAGAUGUGACGGAUACAAAAUGAGAGAGGAAAAUGGUUGUGUGUUAAUUUGUUGGCAAGAUAGGCCCUUGUUUUCAGUAUCAGCUUGGAGAUCUCGAAAGUAAUACAGAAUCCAGGAAAAGGGAAAAAAUAAGGAAGAAGUAUCGAUAGUAUAGUCUUUGUCAGUUGUAUUCAUGUGAAGUUGAUUAGUCAAAUCUGUUAAAUCAUUUAAUGGUUUUUGAAUAUCAACUUCACAUGAAAACAAUUAACUGCAUGUGAGUUAUAUCUUUAGUUUUUUUUUUUGUUUACUUUUCUUUUGCCUUUUUAGUUUAUAUUAAAGUGUUUUCUCUAUAUGAUAAUGAGUGAUGACUAUUAAAGGAUGAAAUAAAGU